UGUGCAUCAGGGUUGCAGAUUAACUACACGAGAGGGAACAAUUCCCCAGGAGAGAGGCCUUUAUGCAAGAGCAGAUGGAGCCAUUUCCAGAAAUAAAUUUGAAGGCCCCAGAAAGCUGGAUGUGCAUGAGAAGCUGCAAGAUGGUCCGGGUGGUUAGUGUUCUGGGUCUGGUGAUGCUCAGCGUAGCUCUGCUGAUUUUGUCCUUCAUCAGCUACGUGUCUCUGAAAAAAGACAAUAUCUUCACCACUCCCAAAUACGCCAACACGGGAGUGCCACGAAUGUACAUGUUCCACACUGGAUUUAGGUCCCAGUUUGCACUGAAGUUCCUUGACCCUUCCUUUGUACCCAAUACAAAUGCCUUGAACCAUGAGUUGCAGGAUAAAGCUCCCAAAUGGACAUUCAACAGAACGGCAUUUUUGCAGCAAAGGCGAGAAAUUCUUCAGCAUGUUGACGUGAUCAAAAACUUCUCCUUGACGAAGAAUAUGGUUCGGAUUGGGCAGCUGAUGCAUUACGACUACUCCAGCCACAAAUACGUCUUCUCCAUUAGCAACAGCUUCCGCUUGCUGCUUCCAGAUGUCUCUCCUAUUCAGAACAAGCACUACAAUAUUUGUGCUGUCGUCGGAAACAGCGGCAUCCUUGUGGGAAGUCAGUGCGGGCAAGAAAUAGAUAAAUACGAUUUUGUUUUCCGUUGCAAUUUUGCCCCGACUGAGGCAUUCCAGAAGGAUGUCGGGAGGAAAACCAAUCUCACCACCUUCAACCCCAGCAUUCUGGAGAAGUACUACAACAACCUGUUGACCAUUCAAGAUCGAAAUAACUUUUUCCUAAGCCUGAAGAAGCUCGACGGCGCCAUUCUCUGGAUCCCAGCCUUUUUCUUCCAUACUUCAGCAACCAUUACAAGAACAUUGGUUGACUUCUUUAUCGAGCAUCGUGGGCAGCUAAAAGUCCAGCUGGCUUGGCCAGGAAAUAUCAUGCAACAUCUCAACAGGUAUUGGAAAAACAAGCACUUGGCACCCAAACGGCUCAGUACAGGUAUUCUCAUGUAUACGCUGGCAUCUGCAAUUUGUGACGAAAUCCACCUAUACGGGUUCUGGCCUUUUGGAUUUAAUCCGAACAACCGGGAAGACCUUCCGUACCAUUACUAUGAUAAAAAAGGAACAAAGUUUACGACCAAGUGGCAAGAGUCCCACCAGCUCCCUGCCGAAUUCCAGCAACUCUUUCGAAUUCACGGCGAAGGUCUAGCAAAGCUGACUUUGUCCCAGUGUGCCUAAGGAUUUAACACUUGAAGUGCCAAAUGAUUGUCAUUGUUUUUUAAGUAAAAAAAAAAGUGCCCAAAAUGAAUUCACCGUUUUUUUCAAAACAGAAUUCUAAAUGGAAAAAAAAAGAAUUUAUGGGCAGGGAUUUCCUUUGAUUCAGAGAUGCUCUGAAAGCACCCUUUGAUUGCCAUCUUUUCAAGCAUUGGAGGGUGUCUUUAGCAUAUUUAGCAAUGCAGAAGGAUUUAUUCUAUUUGUGCAGUAGGAAAGUCAAAGCUGUUUACAGCAGAAAGUUUUGCAUUUCUGGUUACGCUGCCAAGAUGGCUCUCUUUAAAGUAUUUUCAUAGUCACGUAUUUUUCACAUUCCGCAAAAUGUCUCAAAACGGUUGAAUGUUAAAUCACCUGUGUUUGCUUAUUAAGAUUCUUGGCUUGUUUUCUUGGCUAACUUGCACAACUCCUCUUAGUAGCUGAAAAACAGUUUGAGGACCGCUCCUGAAUGUUCUGACCGAAUGACCAUUUGCACCAGUAUUAACUCCUUUAAGGUCAAUGGGAAUAUAUCACUGUAAGUGGCCAUUGUAUUAUUCCAAAGAUCUUUCAUUAGCAUAACAAGCCCAAUGGGGAGUGAAAUAUACUUUCCAUGCAGGCAUGCAGAGAUGGUCCACUGGAUACCCAAGGGAUGCAUUUGCCCUUGUCACAAUCUUUUGUGGACUCCUAUUUCCAUCCCACUCAAGCUUGUCCCAACCACUAUGGCUAGGUAGAGCGGCUCUGGACAGGGCCAGGCAGUCUCUGACUUGACCUGUGCUGUUCCCAGUGUUAAACGAAACACUUCUCCCUUUUGCACAGUGUGCUUCUCGAGUGAGAGAGACUUAGCAAAUGCCCUUUGUAAAGUAAGAGUAUGCCACCAGAAGUCUCUGUGGCAAUACAGAAACUUCUGUAGCACCCAGUCAUAUCUCAAAGGGCAUCUGUGAAAGCAAGAAUUGCCACAUCACGUCCUAGGCCAAUUUAUUCAACCAAGGGGGCUUCCGAACCAACCAACCAAGGAGGUCACAGCCUCUCCCCAGCCAAAGGGCGCAGGCAUGACUCCAUAGGAGUUCGUUCAUCAAAGAACUCGGUCUGGGACAGUCUGGCCCCUGAGGCUGAAGAUAUUGUCCGCAACUGCUCUACAGUUUUGAAUAGACCACGAAUGCAAUGCUAAAAUGCUAGGCCGUGUUGAGACUAGUUAGAAAAGCUACAGACAAGUCUGAGUCAUUCGGUUUUUGCCAUAGUUUCUGAUGAGUAUGAAGUUCUUGGAUCAAGGAUGAGAAAGCUCUGUUGCUGUCAACAUGGUGCCCUGCCAUGUCCCCUCCUGGUCUUCACAGGGGGUACAGCGCAGUAGCGACACCUCACCUCAUGCCCCAGAGUGUCCCCAUCCCUGCUGUAAAUUGAGAGGAUUCAUGAGAGCUCCAGACUGAGGUCUCCAUCUCUCCUCGUCCAAGUAUUUGUUCUGACAUGACUAAUGAAGGAAUGCCAUUGUUUUCACACCAGAGCUGGGAAUGGGGUUUUUUGGAUUUCCCGCUAGAAAUCUACUUCACUUCUAAACGUCACUGUUGCUAUAAGCCACUGCUUUCCGGGAGUUUAAACCCCAAGCAACAUCAUGGUGUGAGUGUGUGUGUGUGUGUGUGUGUUGUUGGGAGUUUGAGGGUCUUCCCUAACUAUACAUUUUUGGCAUUGUCCCUUAGGGUCGAAGCAGUUACUUAACUUUCUGUUGUUUACAGUUGGUAGUUAUGUCAAAACUGGCACCUGAAGAAGUUUCAACACUGUUUGACUGCCUCUUUGCGAAGACAUUACUCCCCGGAUGUUGCAGUGUUGAAAAUUCCUUAGCUAGACUCAUUUAUUAAACAGUUUUAAAUUACCUUUUAAAAAACUGUCCCAGUUUAGUCAAGCAGCAAGGGUGUUUUUUGUUUGUUUUUAAAA